ACUGACAGUGACAGGUGAUACUUGUUUAUGAUGGAGUAGAAAAGGUUUUUGUUUCCGUGAAAAAAUGUGAAUUUCCACCAUGCCGAGAGCGUUGCCUCUGCGAAUUAACAUUCGAGACUGUAUAGUUUUAGUCCUUUUAGUUAUUUUCAAUACUAUAAAUGUAACAGAUAUGGCAAACAACAAUAUGGAUAUUAUUAAAGAGAAAAAAUCCACCAAGGAAUCGAACGAUAAAGUUAGUAACAGGGGUGAAGUUGAGGAUUAUUUAAAAAGUUGCCCUUUUCUGGAGCAGGACAGUAUUGAAUGUUCUUCGUUACAGUACCCAUGUAUAGUAUGUAACAGAAGCAUAGACUGCCGUUAUGGAGGUUUCUAUAACUACACAUGUGUAGUGAAGCCCAAAGUUGCCUGCAAUGGCUCAAAAACAUUCAACAGAACAGCCAUGUGCAGAUUUUGCUACCAGUCUGAAAAGUGGGAACACCGUUGUGACCAGAAAGCUAAUUGUAACUCUCUGGCCUCACCAUUGAAAUAUUACUCUACAAAUUGUACCGUGUCUGAUGAUGUUAUUUGCUUGGGCAACCGAAGAUUCUUGAAGAAAAUUCGAUGUUCAUGGACUGCAGGAACGCGUUGGGGAACUGCCCUCAUUCUAGCCCUCACCCUUGGGGGCUUUGGAGCAGAUAGAUUUUACCUGGGCCACUGGCAGGAGGGGAUUGGGAAACUCUUUAGUUUCGGAGGUCUCGGUGUCUGGACACUUGUAGAUGCAUUAUUGAUUGGAAUACAUCAUUUAGGUCCUGCUGAUGGGUCACUUUACAUUUAAAUUAUUGUAUCUUAUCUAUUAAAAGCUUAUGAGUAUAUGUUAGGUUAAAUAGUAAACCAAAUUUUUCAUGAUGAA